AAGCAAAAUCUUGGCACAAAUAUACUUCCUCCAAAGGGAGUAUCUUCUUCCACAAGAAAAUGAGGUACAUAAAUUUCGUAACAUUCCGUUUCUUUCUUCUUCUAGCUUAGUGGAAGUUCAAAACCCUAGUCUACUGCGAAUUGGAGAGGAAAAACCGAAGGCAAUGGUGGGGACGAACUUGAAAGCCGAGGCGAUGAAGCUGAUGGACCAAAGGAGCGCCAUCGAGCUUGAGAUGAAUGCCAUCAUCGAACGCCUCUGUCGCCCUGACGGACCUGGCUUCUCCGGAAACCUCACCGAUUCCGAGGGUUUCCCGAGAGCAGACAUUGAUAUUCCUGCCGUGCGCGCUGAUCGGCACAGGCUUGCUGAGUUGCGGAAUGAUCACAAGAACAUCACAGAAAAGAUGGACCAGUAUAUCCAGGUCCUGCAUUCGGCUAGGAUUGCUCCAGUACCUUCCACUGCCCAAAAUGCAGCUUCAAAUGUUGCCUCUUCGAAUAUUAUUGCCACGACUCCUGCUACUAGUGCCAUGGACGUGGAUAUUGUUGCUAGUAAACCCUUUGCACUAGUAGAUGAAAUUGCUGAAGCAUCCCCGGCAGCAGAAGAUGGACUGCAACUCGGAGAUCAAGUUGUAAAAUUUGGUAAUGUGGAGUCUGGCGACGACUUAUUGCAAAGGCUUGCAGCUGAAUCUCAGACAAAUCAGGGCAGGGCAAUACCGGUGGUGGUCAUGAGGCAAGGUGUGCCAGUCAACUUAUCACUCACCCCUCGGGUGUGGCUGGGACGUGGCUUGCUAGGAUGCCACUUUCGAAUCUUAUGAUUGAGGAUUUCCACAGUUACAAAGGCUUUAAGGAACUCUUCUGGUGGAUAGAUUCUGAAGUACACAAAUGGUUCAGUUGUGACUUGUGAUCUGUAUUCAAGUUUUUGACUUACUGUGUUUCUAUAAUUAUUCAUCAACUUGAAAUUUUGCUGCUGUAAGAGUAUUGAUGGAUGAUAAUAAGAACACACAUUUCUAGCAUAUUUAAAUCUUUGCCGUAAUUCUUUAUUAGUCAAAUUUCUACUUAAGAAUGAAUAUACUUCUAGUCU